GCUUUUAUUGAACACCCAGACUACACCCAGCGGACUGUUUGCGCAAAGACGCACAAGACGCAGAAUAAUCGCAAGGAGUGCGCCGCGGUUGUCAGUUGCUUAUUCUUCUCUCCACCCCGCUCCACACACUUCUAUCGUCGGUCAUGUUUCGCUGUGGGAUCGCCUACCCCCGAUGCAGGUGGAUCGUGCCGCUGCUGCUGCUCUUCGCCAUUAUUUUUGACAUCAUCGCCAUCGCCGCCAACUCGGGAUGGGUCGAGGACGAGGACGCCAAGUCUCACUACGCCAGUAUGUGGGAACAAUGCCGAGGCAGGAAUGACAACUGGGAGUGCAAGUCGCUCAUGGAAAUGUCUUGGGCCAUGGCGGUAGCUGCUCUGAUGAUCAUCGGCCUAAUCAUCCUCAUCAUCGCCUUCAUCAUCUCCUGCGUGGCUCUGUGUUGCACACUCAACCUUGUUAUUCUGCCCAUCAUAGGACUUCUGCUGAUUGUUGUUGUGAUUCUUCAGGUCAUCGCUCUGAUCAUCUACCCCGUCAAGUUCAACGAGCUGAUCUUCGAAGGUCACUAUUACUACACCUGGGCCUACGGCUUCGGCUGGGGUGCCACCAUCCUCUCCAUCGGCUGUGCCAUUCUCUUCUGCUGCCUGCCACGCUACGAGGACGAGCUGACCGGCCUGGCCAAGACCAAAUACAUCUAUUCCUCUGCUUAAAGACGAAACCUGCACAUCCACCCAAUUGCAGCUAUUUCCAGUGUUCACUCUGAGCUGGAUCUGGUUUGGCCAUUAAACAUUUUUACACUGUACCAUUUCACCAAAGAUCUAUGAUGGCCUCAGUUCAGUUAAAUUUUGUUCAGCGGUGGAAAACCACUCCUCUACCAUCAAAGAGUGAAGUUGGAAGCAAGGGGUGAUUCUUACAGGAAGUGGACUGUGAUUGGAUGUUACAUCUGCUUUAAUAUACAAACUAAUAUUUUAGAUUAAAUCAGUAUCAUUAAUGGUCUUUACCAUGGUAUUUUUUCACAUUCUACAUUGGAGUAAAACAUAUUCCUCAUUUUGUCUGUUAUUUUUACCUGUAUCUCUCAAUGCAAGAUCACCCAAGUGCACUUAACCUGAGGGAUGUCAAAAGUAAAGCAUGGCCUUAGUCUGAUUGAUCUUAGAUUAGAUCUAUUAAAACCUUGGUUAAAGAGCAUUCCAGCCUAAAAUAUUUGCACAGAAUGCAAAAGGAAUCAUGAAUCAUCAUCUGGUUUUGUUCUAUGUGUUAAACUGAGUUUUUCUUAGUUCUUCUGUGUGUGUCUUUUACUCUGUGUGUUGCUUGUAUGUUGCCUGUAAGGCUUGGACUCAGAGGCUGAAUGUAAUCUAUACAUAUGGAAAUAUAUAUGUAGUUUAACAGUUGUAUUUGCACCCUUUUCUCUUUUUUUCCUUCUUGUUUGGGGGCAACUCUCAUCUUCUUAUCUUUUUUUUUUUUUUUACUUAUUACCAAAGGGGUAUCACUGUGGGAGUUGGCUGUGCUGUCUUUGUGUCUGUUUUGAACACUACUACUAAUAUACUUCAUGAGUAGGCACUGCAAUGUGAUGGUUGAUAUGAGAUCAAGGAAGAAGAGGUGAAUUUCCAUUGGGCUUGAUAAUUAAUCUGUCUCUUUAGGAAACGUAGUUUUACUUAGAAACUCGUUAUAAAAAUGACGUUGUAUAAUGUUUCCUUCAAGAGAUCAGUUAUUUCAGACUUUGUGCCUGAAAUGGUGAAAAUAUCAAGAAAUCUGAGUCGAUCCACAGAAGAAAUUCUGCCCUUAUUAGAAAAUUUGCAGCCCCAGUGUGAGCUUCCUUGUUUAAUAAUGAUGUCAAAAUUUUGGUUUAAAGGGAAGAAUAUAAACUGAGACGCUCAUUCUGUGUUUUUAUGUCAUGUUGCCUCAAAGUAGGUGCAUUCAGAAAAAAAGACUAAACUAUUUUUUAUUUGAAUUCCUUGAAAGAUUAAGAAAUUUCUUUCAGUCACGGACAGAUGACCAAUCAUGCCUUUUCUGAAGGCAUUUAUAAGUUUUGGUAAUGCUACUUUAUCCAUUUGCUGGUUUGAUGAAACACUGAGACCAAGGUAUAAAAUCUUCUGACAUACUGUGUGAAACUUGUGCCUUAGAUUCUUCAGUAUUGUGUUGUUCAAUCGUUGAAUGUUUUAUCAAACUGGUCAGUCUGGUUUUACUGACUCCUAAUUGUCAACUGUCGCAUUUCCGUUCAUACAACAUUCACACCCAAACAAGACCAGAUCACUUCGUUUUUUUAAGAGUUCAGAGUCCACAACCUAACUUAUACUUUUAUUGUCUGACCUGGAGUCUUUCAAGUCAGAUAAUAAAAGUCAAAGUCUUUCAAGAAAUUUCCUAGGUUUUAACUGAGGAUAGGGACGAUUCAGGCAGGUUUACACUUGAAGAAACUCUGCCUUGUUUGUUUCAGAGGUAAGAUGAAAAACAUGCUGUGAUCUACAGGCAUGAAUCUGUUUGCAGCACCAACUUCUUUAAUCAUUAUUAGUCACUGUGUGGGUAUUUACUGUUCUACAGAAAAUGUCUUAUUUACUUUUAUCCACUUCUGUAAAUCACCCAGCUAUUUUUCUGCUGUAGUAUGAAUUGAUUAUUUUUGGUAGUCAUUGUAUUUUUAUUCAAUAAAGAGUUUCCUUUUUUGAAGAGGUUA